AUGGAGGAGCGACUGGGGUCGGCGCUGGCCUGGGCCACCGUGCUGCUGCUGCUCAGGGACCUCGCCGUCGACGCCCUGCCCCAGUACAACGCGUCGGCGUGGCAGGUGGACUCGCGGAGCAACGAGGUUGGCAGCGCGGGCCGCCAGUUCCGGCGAACGCGGGCCAACAGUUCCAGGCUGCUCUUCGACGACAUCUUCUUCGGGGACUUCGAGGACGAGCGCGAGACCAGCGGGUCGUGCAACUGCAACUGCGGGAUCAUCAACCAGGAGAUCCGGAUCGUGGGCGGCAGGCCCACUGGCGUGAACCGCUACCCCUGGGUGGUGCGCCUGGUGUACGACGGCCAGUUCCACUGCGGCGGCUCUCUGCUCAACGGCGACUACGUCCUUACGGCGGCGCACUGCGUCCGGAGGUUGAAGAGGUCCAAGAUCCGUGUGAUCCUGGGCGACCACGACCAGUACGUGACGUCGGACGCCCCGGCCAUCAUGCGGGCCGUGUCUCUAGUCAUCCGCCACCGGAACUUCGACGUCAACUCGUACAACCACGACAUCGCCCUGCUGAAGCUGCGGAAGCCCGUCGAGUUCACCAAGCGCAUCCGGCCUGUGUGCCUGCCGCAGCCCGGCUUGGACCCGGCCGGGAUGGCGGGCACGGUGGUGGGCUGGGGCCGCACGGAGGAAGGCGGCCAGCUGCCCGCCGUCAUCCAGGAGGUGCAGGUGCCCAUACUGACGCUGGCCGAGUGUCGUGCCUCCAAGUACCGCGCCUCCAGGAUCACCCCCAACAUGAUGUGCGCCGGCAAGGGCACCCAGGACUCGUGCCAGGGGGACAGUGGAGGGCCACUGAUCGUGGGCACGGGCGAAGAUGGCAGGAAUCAAGUAGUCGGUAUCGUGUCGUGGGGGGUGGGCUGCGGCCGGCCGGGAUACCCGGGGGUGUACACUCGCGUCACCCGCUACCUGGACUGGGUGAAGACCAACAUGAGGGACUCGUGUGUGUGUGUGAGAUGAUCGCGUGCUUGUGGAACUUACCACUGCGUGGCUUAAGUCGAAACGUAACCAUGCAAUGCACGGAAUCAGACAAACAAAGGUCGUAAAACGAAAUGUUAUUAUGGGCCCUGUGAUUUUUCUCAUACCUACGAACUCACCCUGGUAAGGUGGUAAAAAAUAACUGUUGUUGUUUUGAUCUCAAGAGUUAAGCAUGGAAAUUGAUGUCAUGAACGAGAGGAAGAAGACGACGAGACAUGUUUGUAUUUCUGCCCCUACAAAUCCUGAUUCGUUUUUGUUUAUUUUAUCGAGUUAAGGUCUACAAAACUUUUUCAAAAAAAUAGACAUUUUUUAGCUUGUAAUUCAGUUAAGGGUAAGUUACCAUUUUCAGACCAGUUCUUGUGAUGAUAACGUUACGCGUGUAAAUGUUUUGUAAUUAUUUAACUUAUGUGUACAUGUACUUUUUAAUAUUAAUUAAUUUAUUGUAAUAUAGCUAAGUUUACCAAUAAUUUAUAAGAAUAUCAGUGUAAUGCACUUUGUACAAAGCCAAUGGACAUACGGUGUACGGUUGCGUUAUAUUUCGCCGCCGAUUGAAUAAAGACAAGAAAUGUGGGGCAUUCCUAACAAACGACGAUAUGGAAUUAAUACUAUGCUCAGUAACUUUCGAUCAGCGUCCUAUAAGGAGCGUGUGGGUACUCUGGUCAUGCGGCGAUUUCACUGCAGCUUUAAAAGACUGCAAUGUUUCAAAUUUUGCAAAUAAAUUCUCUCCUUACUGUACCCCCUGACAAUAGUUCAUCCAU